CCCCUCCCUCACAUUUCCCACCCCCCGGCCGUCCCCACCUCAGUAUAAAACCCAGCUCCUCCCACCACCACCAACCAAAACCACGUCCGCCUCGCCGCAGAUCUGCUUCCGCCCUCCCCUUCUCACACACCGGCACCGCAUCGCUACUCAGUAGCUCUGCUUCCAUGGCGGCAUUGCCUCGCGCCGCGCUCCUCCUCAUCCCGCUCCUCCUCGCCACCAAGGCGCGGUCCCAGGACGAGUCCCCCAUCUCCCUCGCCCCCGCGUCCGCCCCCACCGCUUCGCAUCUCCACCCUGACUCCGUCGCCGACUCCGAAUCCGCUCGCUCUCCCAUCUCCCAACCCCCUGCCUCCUCCUCACCAUCCGCCGCCCCCGCCGACGACAUCGCGCACUCUCCUCCGGCCCCGCCCGAGACCUCCCCCUUCCCGGCCCCUUCGGUCUCGCCGGCGCAGGCGCCAUCCUACCUCCCGCCCACCCACCCGCGUUCCGCAACGCCCGCUCCCGCGCCCGCCGCCGAGAAGGAAGCUGAUGGCAACAAGGACAAGGAUGACGAUAAGCCCUUGUCCUCCCCCGCGCCCGCUCCGACCGCCGCGGAGAUGAAGGCCGCGAGUGGCACCGGGGACGGAGAGGCCGGGAGCCACGAGGAGUUGAACGGCGGCAAGAAGGCCGGCGUGGUAGUCGGCGCCUUCACGGCCGCCGCGGUCGUCGGGCUGGGCGCCUUCGUGUGGAAGAAGCGGCGGGCCAACAUCCGCCGCGCCAGGUACGCCGAGUACUCCGCGCGCCUCGAGCUCGUCUGAGCAUCCUAUCCAUCACCGAGCUUCACUCCACUGUUGGACCGGGUUGGAGAUACAAGCAUGCAUCCUACACUGAAGAUGCAUCUAUCCAUUAAUUCUUCUGUGAUGUGUCCGUGUUCUUGACCCGUCCAUGAUAGAGUAUUGUUCACUAUUUCUUCUUCUUGGUGUAAUUGAUUCUUUGGUGGUGAUCGAUUAUUAGAGGAAUAAACAGGAUACGAAAUUGAUAUGGAGAUGAGGAGAUGAUAUUGAUUUUUGUACACAUUUGUUACACUAGUAUACCACACUGUGUUCUUCUUGUAAUUGUUGUUACACCUACGAUUAUUCAUUGGACAUUGGAUUCAAAUGUGUCAGUUAGACACAGGCACACAAAGAUUAUCAGUGCAGUGGUAUGAACA